AUGAGAUCUGUCGCAUUACUUGCAUUCUUCGGCUCUGUCCUCGGGCGCACUUUCACAGUAUACAAUGCAUGCCCAUUCACUAUCUGGCCUGCUGUCUUUACUGAUUUGAACGUUGGAAACGCUGUUCCUGGGAUCGAAACUGGAUGGGAGGCUGCCGCGUUCACUAAGCGCACCUUCAACGUUCCAGACAACUGGAAGGCCGGCCGUAUCUGGGGCCGCCGUAACUGCAACUUCUCGACGAACCCAGGUCCCAACUCGUGCUUGAGCGGAGGAUGCAAUGGAGGUUUGUUGUGCGACUCGCGCACCGGGACUGGUGUGCCCCCGGCUAGUGUCGCAGAGUGGACACUUAACGCUGCUGAUGGUCUUGAUUGGUAUGAUGUCAGCCUGGUCGAUGGUUACAAUCUGCCUAUGCGCAUCACUAACACUGCCAGCUGCCCUGUGGCUGACUGCGCUGUUGACCUUGGUCCUGAUUGCCCCGCCCCCCUCAAAGGGCCAUUCGAUUCUACUGGCUUCCCAGUUGGAUGCAAGUCUGCUUGCGCCGCCAAUCUAGAUGGGAAUCAAGCUAACUCCCGUAAUUGUUGUUCGGGACAAUACAGCACGCCUCAGACAUGUCCUCCUUCUGGAGUACAAUACUACUCGUACUUCAAGGACCGCUGCCCUCGGUCAUACGUUUAUGCAUAUGAUGAAUCUAGCGGCACUGCGUUGUUCACAUGCCCUGCUUCAAAGAGGGCAGACUCUUAG